AUGUCCGCCUCCAAGAAUUAUCAGGGUGAUGCAUUGGUUGACGCAAAUUCCGACAUCGCUGGGACAGGCGUCUUCUGGUCAUACAUUGCCACAGCAUGGCUUACCGUAGUGCUGGCAACCGGUAACCUCAUUCUCAGUCAUCUAGAAUCGAGGCACAAGGCUACGGUCAGUGCUGCUACGAUCGGAGCCACGGCCAGCACGAAAGACUUAACGACUUAUGCCAGGGCUAAGGAGUUGUGCAACAAAUUUGUCCUGUCACUCUGCGACAUCCAAGCAUUUGCUGGUACAGCCAUGCUUGUGAUAGGAAUUACCCUAAGAGAUUCAGUCUCACUAUACCAUCAAGAGUUCAUAAUCCAGUACUGGUGGCUGACGAUUGAUUCAUUGUGGGCUGCCGAUUUCCAAUAUGACAAUGGCGAUGAAGAUGGUAAAAUCGGAAGUUUGUGGUUCGAUAGAGUCCAUCAAUUCACCAGGAAGUCCAUCGUGCUCUUAAGUGUUACUCUGGGCAUCUACCACCAAUCCUGGCUAAUCUGGAACGAAGAUGAUCGGUGGAAUCCUUCUGAUGGGAAGCAUUGCUAUCGCUUCAUCGAGCGCUGGUAUUGGCCCUUGGAGACGUGGAUCUGGAUUGUUGGUCUGGCAUUCUAUGCCCUUGCACAUGCUCUGAUUAUGUUCAAACAAGGCAACGAACAGCUCGAGGCUUUUGAGAAAGCCAUCGCCAGAAAAAGGACCAGCCUUCAGACCUCACUGCGAAUACGACAACGUGACCUUCGUGACCAGAUCGGCAGAUGCCCCAGGCAACCUGGGCAAGUUUUUCUGACAGGAAUCAUGCUGGGCGUCUUGAGGCUAUUCAUCUUUGUGUUCUGGCUUUUCGUUCAGAUUGUGACGAUCUGGGCGUGGUCAGAUGGCGAUAGGUUGGUACACAUCGUCGUGUACGCGUUGUUUACAAUGCGCAACACUCAGGGAUUACUUAGCCACCGGAAUCUCAACGCUUUUAUCGUAAAAGGUCAAGAAAAGACUCUUGGGUUUGGCCAGUUACUGCCAAUUAUCGGGGCUGUUGGGAUUGUUUAUCAAUUGAUGCUCCUAGUUGAGCGUCCGCAACCCAAGGUCACAAGUCAAAGCCCCUAG